GUGUAUGUCCAUAAAGGAUAAUGAUAUAUAUUUGCUAAAUUAAUUGGACACGAGACAUUAAUCAUUAAUGAUGGGGUCCAUGCAAUGCAUUAUAUAAAGAAUGAAGGUAGAUGGCAACUCUUUAAAUUAGCAAACAUCUUCAAACUUUCUGUGAGUUAAGAAAGCAGAGGAGGGGAACUAAGAGAAUCAAGCAUGGAUUGCUGUGUGUGUACAACUAUGCCAAUGAUUUUGAGGCCUCCAAGGAACACAAUAUGUGGGGCUUGUUACGAAGGAGUAAGGAGCAUAAUCAACAUGAUGAACAAUGUUGAUAGUGAGAAAGUAAAAGCAAUUGCUAAUAAUCCAAACAGUUCCCCACUUUCACGGCGAAAUUCGAGUAAGACACUAGAUGAUUGUAUAAGAUGGUGUUCAGAGCAGAUAGAGCAAUUUAAUCAACAAAAAGAAGACCUGGUUUUCCUAAGAAGCUUUGUUGCUGCCUUCAAAUCACAGAUUCACACGGAUAUAUUGGUCAGUCCAGGCAAACACGGUCCACCUAUACCAGCACAUAAAUCCGUUUUGGCAGCAAGGUCAGAAAUAUUGAAGAACAUGUUAGAGUGCGAUGAAUGCAAGGCUGCACCAAAGAGCAGCAUAAGCAUACCCGAUUUGAACCACGAAGAGCUAGAGUCUCUGCUGGAGUUUCUGUACAGUGGGACCUUGGGUGUGGAAAAACUAGAGAAGCACGUUUACGCGUUGUCGCAAGCAGGUGAUAAGUAUGUAAUCCCACAUUUGCUGAAACACUGCGAACGAUACCUGCUGAGUUCGCUAAAUACCACUAAUGCCCUUGAGACACUGGAGAUUGCAGAUACUUGUUCCAACCAAAAUUUGAAAGAGACAACGUUGAAUUUCUUGGUUAAAAACAUUGAGCACAUGGUGUCUUCUCCUAAGUUUGAAGCUUUUGUGCAUAGGAGUCCUCAUCUUACUGUGCAACUCGUUACGAGGGCCUUCGUCAAUGGUGCCAAAUAAAUCACUUUCUCUCCAACUUCCACGCUCCCUAAUAUUUAAAUAAUUGUAAUUCUAAAAAUAACACAAAAUACUUUAAUUCCUCUAGUUAAUAAGAUUCUUUUUUAAUGUGUUUGUA